AAUUUACUUCAUUCCCAACGCCUGAGCGCCCCCCACCAUAAUGGCCGACGGCGAAGGAGUUCCGAGGCAGAGAAGCGAAGAUAAGGAAGAAGAUGGAAAUGAAGGCUGCAGUGGAAUUAGAGUGCGAGGUAUGCAAUUCGCCUACGAUGGGCAACCACCACUCUUUGUCGACUUCAACCUUAAAAUCUGUACUGGAUCGCGAUGCCUUCUGGUUGGUGCCAAUGGAUCCGGGAAGACCACUUUGCUGAAAAUUCUGGCUGGUAAGCAUAUGGUCGGAGGAAGGGAUGUUGUACGGGUCUUAAAUUGUUCUGCUUUCCACGAUACCCAACUGGUUUGCGGUGGUGAUCUCGCCUAUUUGGGAGGAUCCUGGAGUAAAACUGUUGGCUCAGCAGGAGAAAUUCCACUCCAGGGAGACUUCUCAGCUGAACAUAUGAUAUUUGGGGUUGAGGGCACAGAUCCUGAAAGGAGAGAUAAGUUGAUUGAUUUGCUUGAUAUAGAUCUACAGUGGCGAAUGCAUAAGGUAUCUGAUGGGCAGCGGCGCCGAGUGCAAAUUUGCAUGGGUCUUCUUCAUCCAUAUAAGGUUCUCUUGCUGGAUGAGGUUACUGUGGACCUAGACGUUGUUACUAGGAUGGAUUUGCUGGACUUCUUCAGGGAAGAAUGUGAGCAGAGAGGAGCUACAAUUGUAUAUGCAACUCAUAUAUUUGAUGGACUGGAGACAUGGGCCACUCAUCUAGCAUACAUACAAGACGGUGAGCUCAGGAGGGCAGAAAAGUUAUCAGAUAUUGGUGAGUUGAAGUAUUCGUCCAAUCUGCUAUCUGUUGUUGAAUCAUGGCUCCGUGCUGAGACAAAGCUUGAAAAGAAGAACCCUGUAAACCAUGCUUCCAACGUCCAGAAGACUUCUUUUGGUAGUUCUCCUUUUAUUUCAUCAAGACACAUGGCAUACUAUCGGUAGUUUCUAGUGAUAAGAAAUUUCUGAGUGAAUAUAGUUUACGCUCAGAGACAUAUAUGAGUAAUCGAUUCCUUCGUGCUCGUCAGUUGAUGAGUAAGGCAGAUUCAAUUGAUAGAAGUUUCUGAUAAAAGGAGUUCAUGUUCAGAGACAAAUAUGAGUAAUCAAUUAUUUCAUGCUUGUAAGUUAUGUGUAAACAAGCCUGGUGGAUAUGUCAAAGUCACGGGGGGUUGCCUUCGGAAAAUAAUGUUGUACGAUCAAUUUAUCACACCAUAAAUGAUACAAACUUCGCCAUAACUGGAUGUUUAUGGCAAUGCGUUGUGCUGUUA